UAAAUUGCUUUCAAUAUUGUUUCAUCAGAAUUUCUCACGCGGCGAAUUAAUCACUUGCCCGCGUGCACGUACAAAGCGCCGUUAACCGUUGAAGCGCCGUUGCUAUUCGGUCCAUCUCGAGCGUGAACUCGUACAGACACAGCCACGGCUGCCCUUCCAUGAACUUCGUAACCUUUCAAACUUGCAUAACACCAACUCAACAGUCAAUCGCUUUAAAAAAAAAACAGACGCUCAACUCGCAGUCCGUUUAUCUUUAUUGCGAGGGUUAUAAAGGAGUUCUCGCGAAGUUCAUUGUCUCAGAUCUACCUGCUCCGAGAGAAAGGGACGCACGUGCGCGCCGCGUCUCUCCCCAAACUCUCUUUGUUUCUUGGCUCCUCCUCCGGACCACAAUGUGACAGAUUCGACUCGUCCGAGCACCAGCGCAGCUCUUCACUUAUCCCCGCUGUCACUAUCAAGCUUUGAUCGAUGUCGUGACGCGCGGACAACAUCUCGUUUCCCUCCCCGCGCCCGGCUCGUUUUACUUUUUCGACUUGUUUUUGUUGUUUUAGUCAUUUCUUUCCGCGAUACGCAACUCUCGUCCAAGACGUUUAUUUAGUGUCGAUCAUGGCCACACCGGCUGCGCUGCUGCCCGCGACACCGAUGGCCCACGCGCCUCCGAUGUCGGUCUCCGCGGCGGUCAACUCCUCGACCCCGGCGACCCUGUCGCCCUCGCCGUCCGUCACCCCGUCCGGACCGAGCCUCUUCAGGUCGGAGCUGCUCUCCUCCGCGAGCCCGGGCAUCCCCGUCGGGAGUCUCCCGCACAAACCGGUGUACUCCACUCCGUCUCCGGUGGAAAACACCCCUCAAAACAACGAGUGCAAAAUGGUCGAGGUGCGAGGGGCAAAGCUCGCGUCGUUCACGGUCAACGGCAGCGAGCUCAUCUGCCUCCCGCAGGCGUUUGACCUCUUUCUCAAGCACCUGGUCGGCGGACUGCAUACCGUGUACACUAAACUCAAACGUCUGGAGAUAACGCCCGUGGUGUGCAACGUGGAGCAGGUUCGCGUCCUCCGCGGACUGGGCGCGAUUCAGCCCGGAGUCAACCGCUGCAAACUUAUAUCGAGAAAAGACUUCGAGGUUCUGUAUAACGACUGCACCAAUGCGAGCUCCAGACCUGGCAGACCUCCUAAACGAACCCAGAGCGUGACAUCACCCGAGAGCCCUCACGUCCUGCCCCACUCUGUCUCUGGACUCAUGUCCUCAGGAAUGAUGUCUCACACUGGCCUAACAGCUGCCACACUCGCCGAAGCCAUGAAGAAGAAGAUCAAAUUGGAGGUGAUGAAUAGUUACCAUGGCAAUAAUAACCACGGCACAGAUUCUGAGAAUGGUGACAUCACCUCCAGCAUGGGUUUGGAACUUCCAUUCAUGAUGAUGCCACAUCCCCUGAUUCCAGUCAGUCUGCCUCCUGCCUCGGUCACUAUGGCGAUGAACCAGAUGAACCAUCUCAGCACUAUUGCCAAUAUGGCAGCUGCUGCCCAGGUCCAGAUUGCCCCGUCCAGAAUGGUGACGUCUGUUAUAAAGGAGCGAGUUCCGGACAGCCCGUCACCUGUCCCCUCUUUGGACGACGGUCGUAGGUCAGGGAGCCACUUAUCCUCCAGACAGAGCAGCAGCGUGUCCAGCUCUCCUGCCCACACAGAGAGCUCUUCUGACCGACCGCAUUUACAUCAGAAUGGUCUUUCUCUUGGCCACGCCUUGUUAGGCCUGUCUCCAAGUGCACCACCGGGACCAAAAGAGGGGGAUCUGGCAACCCACGACACAGGCCAUGAAACAAAAAGGGCUUCUGCAGAAAAAGAAGAAAAUGUCCUGUGCACACCGACAUCUCGAGACAGCUAUGAGCGAGUGUCUCAUUCCGGGCCAACAUUACCCCCAGGAUUCCCCGCUCCGCUGCUCUUUCCUGAGGGCCUGUCCUCCAUAGAAACCCUCCUCACCAAUAUACAGGGUCUGUUAAAGGUGGCCAUCGAUAACGCACGAGCACAAGAGAAGCAGGUCCAGCUGGAGCGCACCGAGCUGAAGAUGGAGCUGUACAGGGAGAGAGAGCUGAGAGAGACGCUGGAGAGACAGCUCUGCGUCGAGCAGAAAAACAGAGCACUCAUCCAGAAGAGGCUGAAGAAAGAGAAGAAGACCAAGAGGAAACUGCAGGAGGCUCUGGAGGUCGAGUCCAAGAGAAGAGACCAGGCCGAGCAGAACCUGCAGCGGACGGCUUGCAGUGAGAGAUCCCCCACUCAGAACGACCCCCCUCAACAGGAAAUGGAGACGAACCAUAACAGCAGCAAAACAGACACUGACAGAACACUACAAGAUGGAAGACUCUUUCUAAAGUCCACAGUGAUGUACUGAAGAGCGAAGACGAGGAGUAAAUGCGUUCACACUGUACAGAAGAGACUGCAGUCAAUCGCCUGGUAAAUAACGUCUGCUAUUCUGCUGGAGGACCCACGGAAGACAAUGAGGCAAUUUUAUAGGCUGAUGUCGGUGCGUUGCAGCACAAGGACUUGACAAGAUUAUUAUGGCCGUUGAAAGUCAGCGUUCGGCUGAAUGAAGCGGGAGUCACCUAUCCUCGUGAGAUGGCAGAGAAGAAAAUGCUAUCACAACUCACACCUUGGCUGAAUAACCAGGUUUCCCGGGGACUUUAAGCGACGCUGAGAAAUUAAAAGCAUUUUAUAAAGCAUUUAAAUCUGCCUGACUACUUUGACGGAUGAAAAAUUCAAUUCAGACCUUUGUUGCCCAUUUCCAAGCAUCAUUUCAGGGAGGGAGGUGUCUGAAAAGAGAUUUGAAUUUAUUUAGUUAUUUAUCAAAUAUACUGCAUUUAAAUGCAUAUGGUGUACCUGUCUGUUAUUUUGAAAAGAAGAUAUAGCUGUCCAGAUUUUGUUGGUUUGUUUGUUUUUUGUUCGUCAUUGUUGUAUAUGGGAUCAUAGCAGAAAUUCGUCAGAUGUGUACAUAAAAGUGUAGACACGCUACUGUGCAUUGUACGCUGUAGAUCUAGGAAAUCAAUACAAACAUUUUUAAUAAGAUUUCUUGCAUCUAAGUUAUUUUUUGUUCAGUUGCCUUUUAUUAUCCUACUCGACAUGGAGUGCAUGCUGGCAUGUCGUUACUUCUGUCCUGUCCAUCUGGAAUACAAUAAAGAUUUUUCCCACAUGCUUUACAAGGGAGAUGUUUCAAAAA